AAAGAGAGAAAAGUAAUGCAUUGCUUCACUUCCAAGAGUAGCAAGAAUACCCAAUACCAAUCCAAUUCCAACAGUGGGAUUUGCUACUCUAGCUAGCUAUAUAAAUACUGCACUUAUCUAAACACAAGUAGCAUAUAACAAAUUCACAUACCUAGGCUUCCUCCUGCACACAAUGGAGUUUUCAUGGAUGGUUUCACUACUGGUAGCGGUGGCAUUACUUAGUCUGAGUGGAUCAGUUGAUAGCAGAAAAGCCAGGAUUUUGGAAUCACUUGAAUACACAGGAAUAAACUGCAGAGCUCACAGUGCAUCAAUAACGGAUUUUGGAGGAGUUGGGGACGGGACGACGUCGAAUACAAAGGCAUUUCAGGACGCAAUCAAUCACUUGAGUCAGUAUGAGACAGAGGGAGGAGCUCUGCUGUUUGUUCCUGCUGGAAAAUGGUUGGCAGGAAGCUUCAGCCUCACCAGCCACUUCACUCUUUUUCUCCACAAGGAUGCUGUUCUUCUUGCUUCCCAGGAUCAGAAUGAAUGGCCUGUAAUAAAACCUUUACCAUCGUACGGCCGUGGAAGGGACGCAGCUGCUGGAAGGUAUACCAGUCUCAUAUUUGGUACAAAUCUCACUGAUGUCAUUGUCACAGGGGACAACGGCACCAUUGAUGGUCAGGGUGAACUCUGGUGGCAGAAAUUCCACAAGGGCAAGCUCAAAUACACCCGACCUUACCUGAUCGAGUUCAUGUACUCCAAUACCAUUCAGAUAUCCAAUCUGACGCUCCUAAACUCCCCAUCAUGGAAUAUACACCCUGUUUAUAGCAGUAACAUUAUUGUGCAAGGCAUUACAAUCCUAGCUCCAAUCUCAUCUCCAAACACUGAUGGUAUCAAUCCAGAUUCUUGCACAAAUACCAGAAUAGAAGACUGUUACAUAGUCUCUGGAGAUGAUUGUGUGGCAGUUAAAAGCGGUUGGGACGAAUACGGCAUCGCAUUUGGAAUGCCAACAAGACAACUAAUCAUCAGACGGCUCACAUGCAUUUCCCCAUACAGUGCCACCAUCGCAUUGGGAAGCGAGAUGUCAGGCGGUAUAGAAGACGUCAGAGCGGAAGACAUCACAGCCGUCCAUACAGAAUCAGGGAUCAGGAUCAAGACAGCUAGAGGGAGAGGAGGGUAUGUGAAGGACAUAUAUGUGGAGAGAAUGACAAUGCACACAAUGAAAUGGGUGUUUUGGAUGACUGGGAAUUAUGGGUCUCAUGCAGAUAAAAACUACGACCCAAAUGCAUUGCCAGUGAUCCAAGGGAUUAAUUACAGAAACAUGGUGGCUGAUAAUGUCACAAUGGCUGCUAGAUUGGAGGGUAUUGCUGGUGAUCCGUUUAAGGAAAUAUGUAUAUCGAACGUGACUAUUGGAAUGGCUGUUAAGGCCAAGAAAGUGCCAUGGACUUGCACUGAUGUUGAGGGGAUCACAAGUAGUGUCACUCCUCGGCCAUGUGACUUGCUGCCUGAUCAAGAACCAGAGAACCUCAAAUCCUGCAAUUUCCCGGCCGAAAAGUUGCCAAUUGACAUGGUAGAGCUUCAGAAGUGCUCUUCCUCAAUGAAAUACAUGUGAAACCUCUUGUCCAGGACGAGCCUUUUAGGAUAAUCCCACCCGUAGACUAAUAUUGUAAGUUCAGUAAGUGUCUCCUCCACCUGUUUGAAACUUGAAAACUGCAGUACGCGGGUUUCGCUAAUCUGUAUCAAUGCCAAUAACUAUGCAGUUUUGAAACAAGGCUAAGAAAAGAAAUAGAUCACAAAAUGUAUAAA